UCGUACCUUCAUUGGAAAUAUAUCCCAUCGUUUAUAAUACUAAUUAUAUUUUUUUUUUGAACACGAACGAAUGUUUACGUUACUUGAAAGUUUUAUAUAUAUCGUUAAUAUCAAUGUGUAAAAUAAAUAAAUAAAGACAAUAAAUAAAGUGUAUCUUCAAUAUGUAUCAAUAAGAUGAUGAUAACUUUUAUAAUUGAUGAUUUUUCAAUUGAUAUUUAUGUGUAAAUCUAAUAAAAGUAUAUAUAUUAGAAAAAUUAUUGAAGAUGAGUGUAGAUACUACGUUACAUAACAACAAAUGCCAAACUAAUAGUAUCAAAUGCAAAAGAUCAACGUAUAUGGAUUGGGAUGAAUAUUUUAUGGCCGUAGCAUUUUUAGUUGCAAAGCGUAGUAAAGAUCCAAUUACUCGUGUAGGAGCUUGUAUAGUUGAUAAUGAUAACAAAAUAGUAGGUGUUGGAUACAAUGGUAUGCCCAGAGGUUGUAGCGAUGAUAUAUUUCCUUGGGAAAAAAAUUCUGUCAAUAAAUUGAAUGAAAAAAGGCUAUACGUGUGUCAUGCGGAAGUUAAUGCUAUCUUGAACAAAAAUUCUAAUAAAUUGAAGAAGUGUAGAAUGUACGUUGGUCUUUUUCCAUGUAAUGAAUGUGCAAAAGUAAUUAUACAAUCUGGAUUGAAGACUAUUAUUUAUAUGUCAGAUAAAUACAGUCAUAAAAUUAAAACCAUAGCAGCAAAAAGAAUGUUUGAUGCCGCAAAAGUUAUGUACAUACGAUAUAUACCUAAGAACGAUAAAAUUGUGAUUGAUUUUAAUGAAAUUAAUUGUUUUUCAAAUAUGAAAAAUUUGGUAUCUGACGUUGUUGAGACUGACUGUGACGUACAGAAUCACAAUGAUAACUAUUGUGAUGUAUCAACUUUAUCAUUGGAAAAUGAUAAAAGUUCGACGAGUGCAGAGAAAAUCGAUGAAACGAGCGAAGAGAGAAAAAAAAUUCAAUUGAAAUGAAAAGUCAAAUCUUAUUUAAAUAAGAAGUCACCAUGAAGUCACAAUUGUGACUUACUGCUGCAAAGAUUGGUAUUCUCAGAAAUAUCAGUCAAUAUUUACAUAUAAAAUUUAAU